CCGGAGCCGCGGAGUCGGAGCGCCGGGCUGCGAUCGCCUAGCCCGCGGGCGGGGCGAACAAAGCGGCGGCGGUAGCGGCAGCUGAGGCGCGGGCGGCCGGGGCCCCGGACGCGCGGAACGAGCGACCCGCCGGGCCUUUGUCUCCGGCGGGGCAGCAGCCGCGGGCGCCCCGAGCGCAGGAUGCGGCGCCCGGCGGGGCGGCCGGAGGAGCGCGGCGGCGGCGGGCAGCGGGCAGCGCGGCCCCGGGCCCGAGGGGACCCGCGUGUGUGAGGGGCGGCCGGCGCGGGCACGUGGGGCCGGAGAGCGGAGGCGGAGGCGCGGAGGAGGGGACGCCCGGCGGCGCGGCGGGGACCGGGGCCGCCCGCGCCAAGCCCCGCCCCGGCCGCCGAGCCCCGCGCGCGCGCGGGCGGGCGGGAUGCCCCGCGGCCGCGGCACUCUGCUCCGCGCCCUGCCCUGAGCCGGCCGCGCGGGCGCCAUGGAGCAGUGGCGGCAGUGCGGCCGCUGGCUCAUCGACUGCAAGGUCCUGCCGCCCAGCCACCGGGUGGUGUGGCCCUCGGCGGUGGUCUUCGAUCUGGCGCAGGCGCUGCGCGACGGCGUCCUGCUGUGCCAGCUGCUGCACAACCUCUCGCCCGGCUCGGUGGACCUCAAGGACAUCAACUUCCGGCCGCAGAUGUCCCAGUUCCUUUGUCUGAAGAACAUCCGCACCUUCCUUCGGGUUUGCCAUGAUAAAUUUGGACUACGGAACAGCGAGCUGUUCGACCCCUUUGACCUGUUCGAUGUGCGGGACUUUGGCAAGGUCAUCUCUGCAGUGUCGAGACUGUCCCAUCAUGUCGUGGCACAGAACAAGGGCAUCAGGCCUUUUCCAUCGGAGGAGACAGCAGAGAAUGAUGAUGAUGUCUACCGCAGCCUGGAGGAGCUGGCUGAUGAGCAUGACCUGGGGGAGGACAUCUAUGACUGUGUCCCCUGCGAGGAUGAAGGGGACGAUGUGUAUGAGGACAUCAUCAAGGUGGAGGUCCAGCAGCCCAUGAUUAGAUACAUGCAGAAAAUGGGCAUGACAGAGGAUGACAAGAGGAGCUGCUGCCUACUGGAGAUCCAGGAGACUGAGGCCAAGUACUACCGCACCCUGGAGGACAUUGAGAAGAACUACAUGAGCCCCCUGCGACUGGUCCUGAGUCCAGCAGACAUGGCGUCCAUCUUCAUCAAUCUGGAGGACCUGAUGAAAGUGCAUCACAGCUUCCUGAGGGCCAUCGAUGUAUCCAUGAUGGCGGGCGGUGGCUCUCUAGCCAAGGUCUUUCUGGACUUCAAGGAGAGGCUCCUGAUCUAUGGCGAGUACUGCAGCCACAUGGAGCAUGCCCAGAACACACUCAACCAGCUCCUUGCCAGCCGGGAGGACUUCAGACAAAAAGUCGAGGAGUGCACGCUGAAGGUCCAGGAUGGGAAGUUCAAGCUGCAGGACCUGUUGGUGAUCCCCAUGCAGAGGGUACUCAAGUACCACCUGCUGUUGAAGGAACUUCUGAGCCACUCCACCGACCGGCCUGAGAGGCAGCAGCUCAAAGAAGCACUGGAAGCCAUGCAGGACUUGGCAAUGUACAUAAAUGAAGUUAAACGGGACAAGGAGACACUGAAGAAAAUCAGCGAGUUUCAGAGUUCUAUAGAAAACUUGCAAGUGAAACUGGAGGAGUUUGGGAGGCCGAAGAUUGACGGGGAACUGAAAGUCCGCUCCAUAGUCAAUCACACCAAGCAGGACAGGUACUUGUUCCUGUUUGACAAGGUGGUCAUCGUCUGCAAGAGGCGGGGCUACAGCUACGAGCUCAAGGAGAUUAUCGAGCUGCUGUCCCACAAGAUGACGGACGACCCCAUGAACAACAAGGACGUCAAAAAGUGGUCCUAUGGCUUCUAUCUCAUCCACCUGCAAGGCAAGCAGGGCUUCCAGUUCUUCUGCAAGACAGAGGACAUGAAGCGGAAGUGGAUGGAGCAGUUUGAGAUGGCCAUGUCCAACAUCAAGCCCGACAAAGCCAACGCCAACCACCACAGCUUCCAGAUGUACACCUUCGACAAGACCACCAACUGCAAGGCCUGCAGGAUGUUCCUCAGGGGCACCUUCUACCAGGGCUACCUGUGCACCAAGUGUGGCGUUGGGGCUCACAAAGAGUGCCUGGAAGUGACACCGCCCUGCAAGAUCAGUUCUCCUGCAGACCUGGAUGCCUCUGGAGCAGGACCAGGUCCGAAGAUGGUGGCUGUGCAGAAUUACCACGGCAACCCCGCUCCCCCCGGGAAGCCAGUGCUCACCUUCCAGACGGGUGAUAUCAUCGAGCUGCUGCGAGGGGACCCUGAGUCUCAGUGGUGGGAGGGUCGACUGGUGCAAACCCGGAAGUCUGGUUACUUCCCCAGCUCCUCCGUGAAGCCUUGUCCCGUGGAUGGAAGGCCACCCAUCAGCCGGCUGCCUUCUCGGGAGACUGACUACACCGUGUACCCCUGGUUUGCGGGCAACAUGGAGCGGCAGCAGACAGACAACUUGCUCAAGUCCCACGCCAGCGGCACCUACUUGAUCAGGGAGCGGCCCGCCGAGGCCGAGCGCUUUGCCAUCAGCAUCAAGUUCAAUGACGAGGUGAAGCACAUCAAGGUGGUGGAGAAGGACAGCUGGAUCCACAUCACAGAGGCAAAGAAGUUUGAGAGCCUCCUGGAAUUGGUGGAGUACUACCAAUGUCACUCACUUAAGGAGAGCUUCAAGCAGCUGGACACCACACUCAAGUACCCCUACAAGUCCCGGGAGCGUGUCACCUCUCGGGCCUCCAGCCGGUCCCCAGCUUCCUGCGCUUCCUACAACUUUUCUUUUCUCAGUCCUCAGGGCCUCAGCCUGGCUUCUCAGGGCUCCUCCGCUCCCUUCUGGUCAGUGUUCACGCCCCGUGUCAUCGGCACCGCGGUGGCCAGGUACAACUUUGCCGCGAGGGACAUGCGGGAGCUCUCCCUGCGGGAGGGGGACGUGGUGAAGAUCUACAGCCGCAUCGGAGGCGACCAGGGCUGGUGGAAGGGCGAGACUAAUGGACGGAUCGGCUGGUUCCCUUCCACAUAUGUAGAAGAGGAGGGCGUUCAGUGACCCAGGCCUCGAGCUCGGAUCUUCUGGAAGAACUGCUUCAGCUCUGACACCCACCCAUCUCCAGUGUUUGGGCUCAGAGGGAACGCCCACCCAUCUGCUUGCCCUCGCCCACCCAUGGGGGUGGGGAGGGAGCACAGAGCCUGAACUGCCGGGGUCCCCCACCUCAUCUGCUCCCUGGGGCCCGUCCUGGGAACGUCCCUUGUACAUAGAGGAGCUGGACUGGCCCUGAGGUGGCCGUCACCACCAGAGCACCGGGAGGAGGGAAUGCACGGUGCCCCAAGUCACCCCGUUCACAGCUCAGGCUGGAGCCCCGCAACCCCUGUGUGACUGAGACGGCUUUCAGGAGCCCUGAAUGAACAGUGAGUGUUGCCCCCCUAAAAAUAACUGGGAGGCAAGGGGGCCCCCAGCCCUAUAUCCGGUGCUGGACUCUCAGCCGCCUGCUGCCUGCUGCUCUGGGGAGGUGUGUGCACCCCAGUGCUAGAGGGGAGAUCCCUCGUGUAUGGGGGUCAUGUGGUCAUGGUCCCGGGCGGACCCUGCUCCCGUCAAUGGUACUGUUCUUUGUCCUGAGUCCCAGGAGUGUGACUGUCCUGUCCUGCUGCAUCUUCUGUAACCCCCCCAGGCGCUCGGGGAAGAAACAGGGUCCCCUCCCUUGGCCCCUGUGCUCGUACCUCUCCCCGGAGGAGACCCCCAUUGCUCUGUGCAGCUCCGUUUCCUGCCUUGGGUCUCCUGGUUCCCUCCAGGGGAGUCCCUGAGAGUCUCCCCAGCCUUUGCACAAAAGGCCAGCCCCAUCCUAGGGCGCCCGCAGCCCUAACCCGGGCCUAGAAUAAGUGCUCUUGGGGGUGGUGCUGUCUCCUCUGCUACACCUCCUGACUCCUUCCAGCCUUUAGCCUCAGUCUGACUUGUCCAGACACCGUUUUCUCAGCCCUGAUGUAGCAUGAGCCUGCUGACGCCAUCUCCCCUGAGAGCUCGUGCCAAAGCCACAGGCAAAGUGGACCCCUGUCUCCUCUGACCAGCUCGCAGCCUGUGCCAAGUGCUGGGCCAGGCCCCUGCACCUUGCUGGGUGGGUGUUAGCCACCCACCUCAGCAUUGUCUAAGCUCAGGCACACCCAGCACCCCUGCUUUGAGAGGCCUGCGAGAGGGCACAACCAGGGCAAGGCAUCAUCUGCAGAGGCUGGAAAAGGCAGGGUGGGCGUGAGGGGGCACGGGGAUACAUGGGACGAGGCAGCAGCUGGGGAUAGCUGAAUGGAGUCCCUGUGGGUGGGGGUUCCCGCACUUUGCGGGGGUCCCCCAGGCCCCUCUUGUGUCACUGUCUGAAAGGAUUUGUCUUUUGUUUCUGUUGUUGUUCUGGGUUUAUUUUGUCUUGGGUUUGGCUUUUUUUUUUUUUUCAAAGAAAAAGCAUUUGUCAUUGUUUCCUCCCAAGCCCCUAUUAACAUAUCUGUGAAGACCUAGGCAGAGAUUUUUUUUUUUUCAUUUUUUUCUUUUUGUAAGUGUCUCACAGAGGCCCUGGGGUAGGCAUGACUUGCUGUCUUACUUCCUGCGUCUGUUUGGCGCUUGUUUCAAAGCCUGUGUGUGGGCUGGAUUUUGCACUGCUGCAGAGAGGAGGGGGAGCAGGGCUGGGACAGGCUGGGGAGCAGGAGGUACUGGAGGAAGCAGGAUGCCCUGGGCUCGGGGGACACUGUGGACCUGGGGCCUGAGUUUAGCUGUGAACACAUAGGAGCCUGGUGCAUGCAGGUCAGGGAUCUGAGGGUCCUGCCACUGGCAGAUCCCAAAUUGAAUACAAACUGUACAUUUGCCAAUAUUUUUUCCUUUCCAGACCACAGUUUUUACUGCAAAUAAACCUUUUCCGCAGA